UUGAAAGUAUCUUCAACUUUGAUAGAUGGUUGAUGUCUAAUGAGGUGAUUAUCUGUUCUUCUCCAGAAAGUGCGUUCGACAGAUAUUGUAGUACUAGCCGGAGACUUGAAUGCUCAGGUCGGGCGUCUAGGCACAAAAGAGAGUCGUUUGGGUGGUCGAUGGGAAAUUGUUGGUCGCAGGUGAAAUAACAGGGACUGUCUACUGCAACUGUGCACAGACCACAACCUGUUUCUGGCUAGCAUUAACUUUCGCCACAGUCAUCGCCAAUGUGCCACCUGGCGUCCUCCCUCUGCAUCUCAAGCCUGGACUCGGAUUGAUCACAUCGCGAUCAGCUACCGCUGGCGUGGUUGUGUACAAGACUGCCGCUCUUUUUCGAGUACCUAUCUGGACUCUGAUCAUGCCUUGGUCUGCGCCAAUCUCACCUUACUUUUCAGUGGACAACGAAGUGACCGCCACCAAAGGAUUGAUGUCAGCAAGUUGGUUGCAACUUCUGUUGCAAGUAAGUAUCGAUUUGAGCUAGGCUCUAGGCUAGCUACCACUCCACCGAAAAGUAUAGAUGAGCAUUGGUUGCAAUUGCAAGAAGCCAUGAAAAUGGCGAGUAAAGUCACUUGUGGGUUCGCGAAACGUCCCGUUUAUAAGCACUGGGUUUCUUCUGGUUCCUUGCAACUCAUUGAAGCCCGUCGGUCUACUCCGGGUGACCGUGAGUUUGAUCACAAACGAAGGAUGUUACGUAAUGAAAUUGGGCAAAGCUUGCGUGAGCACCGAGAAGCCUGGUGGUCGAAGCGUGCUAAUGUGCUGGAAGCAGCAGCUGCAUCUGGUAACUACCGGAAGCUCUUCCAACUCAUCCGAGCCACUGGCAGCAAGAAGUCUGGUGUGAGUGAAACAAUCUGCGAGGAUGAUGGGAUGCCAAUCACUAACAUCCAUCGACGUCUUGGACGAUGGGUAGAAUUCUUCGAAGGGCAGUCCAACUGGCCUGUUGCUCUGGCAACAUCGGUCAGACUGUCCUGCCCUCCAUGGCCGGUAACGACUGGUCCACCAAUUGAGGCAGAAGUGUGCAAGGAACUCCAACUCUUGAAGCGCUACAAAUCACCAGGCCGAGAUGACUUACCUCCGGCCCUUUUUAAAGAUGGUGGUGACUUUCUGACUGAGGAAUUGACUGUGUUGUUUACAAAGUUCUGGGAACUAGAGAGUGUUCCAACAUCCUGGAACGAGUCGAUAGUUAUCCCUAUCUUUAAAAAGGGUUCACGUCCUUAUUGUAACAACCAUCGGGGUAUAGGUCUACUUACGAUGUAGUCCAAACUAUUGGCUUCUGUCAUACUUCGUAGGUUUUUCAAAACCAAAGAAAGAUUGACUCGCGAGGAGCAGGCUGGUUUUCGUUCUGGCCGACGAUGUAUUGAUCAUAUCUUCACCCUCCGCCAAAUGUUAGAACACCGUCAUACUUAUCGCAGGCCAACAAUCGUAGUGUUUCUUGAUAUCAGGGCUGCCUUCGAUUCGUUGGAUAGGACUGUUCUCUGGG